AUGGCUGCCAAGGACUACGACCAUCUGUUCAAACUACUUCUGAUUGGGGACUCUGGUGUGGGGAAGAGCAGCCUGCUGCUGAGGUUCUCCGACAAUUCCUUCUCCGGCAGUUACAUCACUACGAUCGGGGUGGACUUCAAGAUCCGGACUCUGGUGCUGGACGGGGAGCGGGUGAAGCUGCAGAUCUGGGACACGGCGGGUCAGGAGAGGUUCCGGACUAUCACUUCAACGUAUUACAGAAACACUCAUGGAGUCAUUGUGGUCUAUGAUGUCGCCAACCCAGAAUCCUUCGUCAACGUCAAAAGAUGGCUGCAUGAAAUCACCCAGAACUGCGACUCCGUGUGCACCGUCCUCGUGGGUAAUAAAGACGAUGACCCGUCUCGGAAACGCGUGGAAACGGCGGACGCCAAGAGGUUCAGCGAGCAGAUGGGAGUGCGGCUAUAUGAAACCAGCGCCAAGGAGAACCGCAACGUAGAAGAGAUGUUCCUGUCCGUCACCCGGCUGGUCCUGAGGAUGAAGAAGGAGAGCCAAGCCAGGCUGCGGCCUAACGAGGUCGUCACCAUAACCAAGACCAAGAAGAAGCCUCAUGUGAAGAGAUGCUGCUGA